GCUGAUCAUCUGACUGAUAAAAUAAUCCAAAUGAUUAUUGAAAAUUACUUGGUUUUUCGUGAAUUAUCGUUAUUUCAUUUCACUGUCACAAUAUAAUCAACCAACCGAAAAAACAAAUGGCCUCUAUUCAACCACGAAUUGAUAUCGAUGAUGAUGAUGAAGAAGAAUCUGUGUUUGAAACAAUCGAACGAUUGCUCAAUACACCGGUUCUUAAUUCAUAUGCUGUUGUUGGUGAUAUUCUACCACGUCCUGGUUUAAUAACACAUCCGGUAAUGUAUAUGGGAACAUUGGUUAGAAUCGGUUAUGAACCAAUGCCACCAAAAUUAACUAAAUCAAUAUUUGGACGUACUCAAUUACAAUUACCCGGAUUUUUUACCUAUAUGAAAUAUAUUGCACAAAUUGAUGGUUUUUGGGGCUGUUAUCGUGGUCUAAAAUAUAAUAUCAUCUAUUCGAUUAUCUAUCAAUUUACAUCGAUCAAUGUUGAUCGUUAUCAAAAAGCUAAUUAUUAUCCUGAACUUCGAAUCGAAGAUGCAAAAUAUAUUGAUACAAAUCAUUUGGCACGUAGUAUAGUCUGUGAUUCGAUGACCAGGAUAGUUUCAUUAUCAGUUGCCUAUCCAAUUCAUUUGAUUAUGAUUCGAUCGAUGGCACAAUUUAUUGGUCGUGAAACAUAUUAUGAUACACUAUCAGGUGCUAUUUCAGAUAUUUAUGAAACCAGUGGUCUUCUUGGUUUCUAUGCUGGAUUUGCACCAUAUGUAAUUGGUGAAUGUGUUUUCAUAUUUCUUGAAUCAUCAUUAAUGUAUACAUUACGUGAAAAAUUUGAACAAUUUGGUAUUGCCAAAUCAAAUUCAUCAUUUAUAACGAAUACAUUCGUUAAUAUUAUUGCACGAACAUUAGUAUAUCCAUUUAAAGUUGUAUCAACCGUUAUGGCAUGUAAUGGUCAUAAUUGUCGUUCAUUAGCUGCAUCUGCAUAUACAGCACCUGAACAUUUAAAUUGGUUAGAAUGUUGGCAAACAUUAUGGUCACGUGGUGAAAUUAAACGUGGUUCAUCAAUUUGGUGGCGUUAUCAACCAAUAACAUCAUCAUUAAUGUUUCCAAUGCAACCAAUUAUUCGUAUGCCUAAUCAUUUAAAAGGAUUUUGAAGUGAAAA